UUCUAGUUUUUUUUUACGUCAAUGUAAAUUAACAAAAUGCUGUCCACAUUAUUUUUCUUUACAAUAGUGCUAUCCGCAGGAUACGCUAAGGUAAAGUCACCGAAAAUUGUCGGUGGGGAGGAAACAACAAUAGAAACCUAUCCAUACAUUGUUCAAGUGGAAGCUUUUAAUACGUGGACGGGGUGGAAUCAAAACUGCGCAGCCAAUAUCCUGAACUCGAACUGGAUUUUAUCAGCAGCCCAUUGUUUUGAGGGAUGGAAUUAUUCGCCUGCCACUACACGAAUCAGGGCCGGGACAACUACCCGAAACACUGGUGGUGUUGUCCACUACGUCGACUAUGAAAUCAAUCAUCCGGAAUACCGAGUUUUUUCCCGUUACGAUGCUGAUAUAAAUGUUGUGAAAUUACUUACUCCUAUUGUCGAAACAUCGUCAGUCAAAAGAGGUACUCUUGUCGCUCAUGGCUUUGCCAUCCCAGAUAAUUAUCCUGUUAUUCACGCUGGAUGGGGACAUACUACAUUUGGUGGAAGACCUUCCAAUGUGCUUCUCCAUACGCAGAUGUACACAAUAAACAAUCAGCUAUGUGCCACUCGUUAUCAGCAAUUAAAUGGUGUCGUUACACCCAACAUGAUUUGCGCUGGUCUCCUAGAUAUUGGAGGUCGUGAUGCUUGCCAGGGAGACUCUGGUGGUCCCUUAUACGCGACGGGUCAAAAUGGACAUAUUAUCGUUGGUGUCGUAUCCUGGGGACAUAGAUGUGCCAACGAAACCUUCCCUGGACUAAGUACCAACGUUGCUUCUUAUACCAACUGGGUAUUGGAAAACGCUCGCUAAAAUAUUUAAAAAUUAAAUUAAAUUAAAUAUA